AUGAAAGAGGUGGGCCCAGUGGAGAUACCAGAACACCAUCCGGCUCCUGUGGAACGAAUUCAAGUCAUUCAAGACAAAGAAUCUCAAGCAAACAAUGAGCACAACAUGUAUAGAGAACUUUCACACCAAGAUCAAGAGAAGUAUACGGAAAUACCAAAACACCAUCUAGCUCUUCUAGAUUACAAGGACAUCCAAUUAUUCCGAACUGAAAACUUUAUAGUCAAUGAUGAACACAACGUGUAUAGAGCACUUGCACACUUACAAUAUCAAGAUCAAGAGAAGUAUGAACUUGUGAAAGAUGAAAUUGAGGAAUACAUCAAAACAAACCCAGUGGAAUUCACAAAAUAUCAAAUGACAGAGUCUGAUAAUGAAGCAGUUUAUCCGCAUAGGAUUUCCGUGGGGGGCCUUGAAUAUGGAAAGAUGAAUGAACAUGGUACUCGCGGUGUAAUAUUUUCUGCGUUUUCAAAAUUAAAGGAACGUAAAUUCAGUGUUAUAACAAACACAGCCCCCAAGCACAAAGGAGAAUCCCCAAAGUACGAAGGGUUCCACUUUCGGAGCAAUUAUCUGCACGAUGGUUUUGUUGGAUUAGUUGUAGAAGAUGGUCACUAUGAGGUUUAUGGACCAACUGGAUCUAAAAUUCUCAAAACACUUCAUCCUCAAGCAAACAAACCUCCAAAUGAAGAGGUGUAUAGAGCACUACAAUACCAAGUUCAAGAGAAGUAUGCAGAAAUACCAAAACAUCAUCUGGCUCCUAUGGAAUAUCAUGACCUUCAAUUCCUUCAAACUAAGAAUUUUUUAGCAAAAGAUGAACACAACAUGUACAGAGCACUUGCACACCUUAAAUAUCAAGAUCAAGAGAAGUAUCCACUCAUCAAAGAAGAACCCCUGAGCGCAAAGGUGAUCUCCCAACUUAUGAAGGGCGCAAGUAUUGGAAUGAUAGCCCAGAUGAUCGUACCCAUGGAUUAG